AUGGGGGAAGAGGAAGAUGGAAUGGCACCCAGACCCCCAACCAUGGAUUCGCAGUCAUUAAUGACAUCCCAAAAUACAUUUGGUGAUCCAAAUGAUGUCCCGGAUCAUAAUUUGUACCCUCCGAAUUCGAGUAAUCCGGAGUACUGCCAGCAACAAUUUUCUGCAUUCCCAGAGUCUUCAGAAAAUGUUGGUUGUACAUUUUCUGAUGCUGCUGAUGAAAUGUUAUUUGACAUAAAUGAAGAUUUAGAGGGUACCACUGUUAUCCCGGAUGAUGAGGUACGGGUCGAAACACCAAGAGCCGGCAUGGAAUUUGUUAGUGAGAAUGAGCUGAUGGACUAUUAUAAGAAAUAUGCCAAGCAAGAGGGGUUUGGUGUAAGGACACAGAGGACUAAGAGAGAUGAUGAAGGGAGAUCCGUGUAUGUUACUAUUGGUUGUGCCCGUGGCGGCAAAUACCAACCUAAGAACAUUAAUAUGUCGAAGCCACGUGCGACAACCAAAACGGAUUGUAAAGCAAAGAUUAAUGCAACGUUGAACAAGAACGACAAAUGGGUUAUCACUACAGUUGAAAGUGCACACAACCACAUUACGGUCAGCCCCAAGAAGACAAGACUCUUGCGAUCUCACAGGCGUCUAGAUGAGCACAAUCAGAGGAUCCUCGACCUCAAUGAUAGAGCCGGUAUUAGAAUGAACAAGAACUAUUUUUCUCUUGUCGUUGAGGCGGGUGGUUUUGAAAAUCUAGAGUUUCAAGAGAGAGAUUGUCGGAAUUUCAUUGACAAAUCUAGACACUUAAGAUUGGGUAAAGGAGGUGGUGAUGCCCUGUAUGACUAUUUUCAAAGAAUGAGAAAGCAGAAUGACGGCUUCGUUUCUUCCAUGGAUGUUGAUGAUGAUGGAAGGUUACGGAAUGUUUUUUGGGCGGAUGCCCGGAGUCGAUCAGCCUAUGAGUACUUCGGAGACGUUGUCACCUUCGAUACGACAUACCUAACAAACCGAUACGGUAUGCCUUUCGCCCCAUUUGUUGGCGUUAACCAUCAUGGGCAUUCCAUACUACUAGGGGCGGGGUUGCUAUCGAGCGAGGACACACAGUCAUUUGUUUGGUUGUUCCGCACAUGGUUGGAUUGCAUGAAUGGUCAAGCGCCCAAAGCCAUCAUAACUGACCAAGACCGGGCAAUGAAGAACGCAAUCCAAAUUGUAUUUCCGGAGACCCGCCAUAGAUACUGUCUAUGGCAUAUAAUGCGCAAACUCCCAGAGAAGUUAGGAUCUCAUUCCCAUUUCAGCACGGGAUUGAAGACCUCGAUUCAGUCAGCAUUGUAUGAUUCUCAGACCUGCAGAGAAUUUGAGGAGAUGUGGGGUGAACUUCUUGAUAAGUAUGAUCUUAGAGGUAAUAAUUGGCUCACCUCGUUAUAUGAGGAAAGGAGUUAUUGGGUCCCCGUUUACUUGAAGGAUGUAUUUUGGGCGGGUAUGAGCACGACACAACGGUCAGAAAGCAUGAAUGCUUUCUUCGAUGGGUAUGUCCAUUCUGGUACCACUUUGAAGGAAUUCGUGGACCAAUUUGAUAAUGCUUUAAGAAAGAAGGUGGAGGUAGAGACGACGGCUGAUUUCAACUCUAGUAACCAAAUUAUCCCCUGCGUUUCCCCUUUCAAUUUUGAGAAGCAGUUUCAGAAAGUAUACACAAAUGCAAAGUUUAAAGAGUUCCAAAAAGAGUUGAUGGGCCUAAUGUGUUGUAACUGCACACUGGUAACCAAGCAGGGGUGCAUUUCAACCUUCGAUAUAUUGGAUGAAAUAUCUAUUCAUGACUGCAACAAAAUUGUCCACUACAUACUCUACUAUAACGAAGAGGAAUGUGAGUUAAAAUGCACGUGUGCAUUGUUUGAGAUGAGGGGAAUUUUGUGUCGACAUGCACUUAAAGUUUUGCAUCUGUCCCGAAUUAAUGUGGUGUCAGAUAGAUAUGUGUUGGAUCGCUGGAGGAAGGACCAGAAGAGGACAUACACAUUGAUCAAAAGUAGUUAUGAUGAUGUGCGUGCCAGUGGAGAUUCACGGAGGUAUGAGAUGGUGGUUAAAAGAUGCAUGAAAUUAGCAACAAAAAUUUCCCUGAGUGAUGAGCGAGUCAAUGCAUUCUUGAAGGUUGUGGAUGACUUUGAUUCAAAAUGUGAUGAUGUAACCUUUGGGACGACAUCCGAAUCAACGAAGGUAGGACCGAAUGUGGACACCGCGGACAAGGGUAAGAAGAUAUUAAGCCCCAAUGUGGUUCGAGGGAAAGGAAGACCCCCAAGUAAAAGAAAGGUUCCCCCUGUUGAGAAGAUUACAAGAAAGAGAAAGGCCUGCAGGAAAAUAUUACAUGAUCAAACACAAUUGGGUGACACCGCGGCAUCUGAAUUCGUGGACCAAUCUAAUGAUGGAGUUGGUGUUGGUUUUGGGACACAAACCAGCUCAGUCACACAAUUAAAUAUAUCAGAAAAUCAGGAGUUUGUAGCUGAACUUCUCUAUGUGUUGUUUUUCAGUUUGUGGGUGGUUUUAAUAUGCCCUCAGGAAAAAGAUGGUGAAGAGUUUUUUCAUGUACCUUGCUUUGGAGUUGUCACCAUGUUAAGCCCCAAGAAUGCCGAUCCUUUAUGGUUUCAGAAGCAGUUGAUGUCGAGUUCCAUGAGGAAAGGAGUUUUGAAAAACAUGCAGAAUGUGUUGCCAGCUAAGUAA